AUGCCUUUCCGCCCAGACAGCCCUAUUGAACUUCCUGAUGGCCGUUUAGUGUGUGGCUCACACCAUCUCGUCGUCUGUCCUUUCUGCACUGUUGAUUAUAGUUUCAUGGACGAAAUAUUGGCAGAGAAUCAAGAGUCUCAGGAUGAGAACGUGAGCGAUGAGGAGACAACCUUCGGCGAUAUGACGCGACUUAGAGUCGGCACAGGACGUGUCAUUCCUACACGAUUCCACCCUCAAAACACCACGGAUACUCCACAGUCACUUUUCCCACCUGGAACCAGCACCAAUGCCUCGCCACAUGUACGCCGGUUCAUUCAUCGAACUAACGCCAACCAAUUUCUUAUCUACACAGACGGUGCAUGCUUAGACAACGGCAGAGCAAAUCCCAGAGCCGGCUGUAGCUUUGUCUUUAAGCCUUCCACAACACAAUCUAGAGAUGCCGGCUACGUACGCUUUCCUCUUGAAAACCAAGGACCUACUGGUGAAGCCCAUCAACAAACAAGCAACCGGGCAGAGCUACGCGCCGUUAUUGCAGCUUUACGGUUCCGGUUCUGGACGGGCGAAGGGUUCAACAAUCUCGUGAUUGCGACGGAUUCCGAAUAUGUUGUUGAGGGUGUCACAUCCUGGGUACGUGGAUGGAUAAGGAGAGGCUGGAAGACGAGCAUAGGAGCAGCAGUUAAGAACCGGGACCUUUGGGAGUGUUUACUUGGAGAAAUAGAACGAUGGGAUAGCAAUGGCAUGAAAGUCAAGUUCUGGCGUAUUCCAAGAGAUUGGAACACAGAUGCGGACUAUCAUGCUCGACAUGCUGCUUCUGAGGAUGCAGGCAGCAUCUUCACGGAUAUCAAGGGCGUGCUUGUCUAA